AUGACACUUGAAGAACUUGACUUUGUUUGUCGGCUCCGAAAUUCUCGCCUCGAUCUCUCGUUACAACCAGGAUACAUCCUCAUCACUUCUGCCCGAAACCCUUUCAUCAAGCCCUUCUUAACAUACAAACGUGCGAUUCAGCUGCGUCAGAACCUCCAAGACACGGAGGCGACUGUCAUCACCCCGAUCGGGAAGGCUAUCCGGAGCUUAUCAAUAGAUGGAGCGAGGCCAGGUGCAGUAGUGAUUGUCACUUCGUCCCACGAAAUCUCACUGGUGAUAACCUUCGCGACUUGUCACUAUAUUCCCUUCGUGGUCCAGGGUGGAGGCUUCAGCACGAGCGGCGCAUCCUCAACCCAUGGGGGAAUUGUUAUCAACCUGUCCAUUAUGCGCAGUAUCGUAGUCGAUCUAACCUCACAAACUGUGGCGGUUCAGGGCGGCGCAACCUGGGACGAGGUUGACCAAGCGGCAGCGAAGGAAGGGUUAGCCGUUGUUGGCUGCACGACGAGCGCUGCCGGCGUCGGGGGUACAACUCUGGGGGCGGCUAUACGGGGCGCUGGUCAGAGCUUUGGCGUGGUCACUGAGUCUGUCAUGCGGGCGCAUCCUCAGCGGCCGUCUGUUUUUGGUGGCUUUAUCUACUUGCCAGUAGAGCAGCUCACUGCUGUAGUUGAGUUUGCAAACCAGUUUGAUACGCAAACAACAGGUGACGAGGCUCUAUUCUUCGGCUUCACCACCCGUCCCCGCGCCCCGCUGUCGACGGUGAUCGUCGCCUUGCUAUUAUAUAAUGAGCCAAGUAUCGCGGCUGAAGCCUUCUUUGCACCGUUGUUAGCCCUCAAGUCUAUCCGGAACGAGACACAUGAGAUGCCGUACCCAAAGAUGAACACUAUCUUGGGUUGGUUCGUCGCCCCCGGAACCCGUAAGAGUAUCAGCGGCACGACGUUUACCCCACCGUUGGACCUCCAGCUCAUGCAGGAGGUCCACGACGACUUUGACAAAUUUACCCGAACCUAUCCGCGGGUGGAAGGUAGUGCAGUAGUCUUUGAACUAAUACCAUACACAUGCGUCAACCAAAUAUCAUUCGACGCAACAGCCUACGCUAACCGGGGUCAGUAUCAUAACGUCAUGUUUAUCUUCCGCUGGUAUGACCAGGAAUUAGAUAUGAAGAUGGUGAAUCUAGAGCGUGCAAUGACAAGCAAGACCCGUGACCGUGCCGGGGUAGUGAGGAUCGCGGGACAGGGGGUGGGAUCUACGCUAAAUUCCGGACCUACUUGGUGGAUCAGGGAUACCGAAAUAUGGAUUCAAAUAUAG